AUGGACGCCAUGUCGACAAGAACUUCAGUCGCAGAACUCGCCCGUCGUGCCGGCAUCAGCCCUCCUGUCAGCCGCCAGCCGUGUCUCUCCGCUCCCUCGAAACCGCCGCCACGAGUCACGGAUGAAGACCGCACCCAGGCUCGGAAUCUGCUUAGCGAACAGCGCAUGCGAAAGCCUGGGUACGUCCAGCCUGACAAGCAGCUGAAACGCAUCUUCAGGUCGUCUAGAGUGAAUGAACGUCUCGGGGAUCCGACCCACUGGGUAUUCUCUCAAGAGGAACUAGACGAGGCCUUACUAGGAGUAAUAAACGAGCACCAGCGACCAUCAUUAGUACAGGCGCUCCUAGACUUAGGCGCUAGCGUCAAUAUCGUGGAAGCCUCAAAGGACAAGACGAAGAAGAAAAACGACACCCUUACCAGACGCAGCACCGUGCUGCAGCGUGCCAUCUCCAAGCGCGGAGUAGAGUCUGUCAGUCUCCUGGCAAGCAGUGGUGCCGAUAGACGAACGUUAAAUGAUGGCCUCAAAGUCGCACUGGCCGAAAAGGAUCUGUCGUGCAUUGAAGAGUUGCUGCGACAUGGCGCAGAUAUAAACCAACACAACGACGGCUUCACACAAGCUGUAGCCUCCGCGGACCUCGCGCUUUUACACCUGUUACUCCGAGCACCUCAACCUCCGAAUCCUGAUCUUGUCUCACGAUCUCUCCAUCUCGCGGCCCAGUUCCAAUCUAUUCCCACAGUAUGCUUGCUGAUUGCGUAUGGUGCGGACCCGAACCACCACGAUGCGUCAGCCUUCAAGCAGGCCCUCUCGACUCGGAAUUAUCACUUGGCCGUGGCGAUAGCCAGUAGUCCCAUUGCCAUUACGCCUCAUGCUCUGCAAGGCACCUUCGAUAUCGUCUUGCGGAAUCCAGACCAAGCCGUGCUGGAAGACUUCAUAGAGCUUCUACUGGCGUGUGGACUGCCUUCCACCACCGAGGGUAUCUCUCAGCUGCUAGUUUGCGCCGCAAAAAGCAAUCGGAUAACUUUUGCGCGCAAGCUAGUCAAAAAUGGAGUAUCACCAGACUACAAUGGCGCGGAGAGCCUCAAACGUGCCAUUUCGGACUGCAACUGGCUAAUAGUAGACAUCCUACUCUCUAGCACCAUCUCACGCACGAAUGCCUCGGACGCUGUAGUGUCAAUUUCUACAAGAAUUGGCCGGCAAGAGCGGCUGUCUAUUAUUGACAAGUUGGCACAAAGAGGGGCCACGGGGAUACCACUAGGUGAAUUCCUAAUUGUUGCCGUUGAGGAAGAUGACCUCGAGCUUCUCUCACUUCUUGUUCGCCUCGGAGCACCAUUAAAUAACAGAAGUAACCGAGCACUUCUCUCAGUUAUAGCCAUGCGAGAUCUUCGAAAACUCAGACUUCUCUUACGCCUAGAGGCUCCCCCAGCAGCGCUAAGCCAGCUAUUUCCGUUGCUUCGUCAGGGCUACACAAGGUCAGAACGGCUCGAUGCCAGCAGGCUUCUGCUCGAAGCAGGUGCAAAAGGGCAUGAGGUCGAUCAAGCGCUUAUCGAUGCCGUGGCAGAUACCACUCCGUCAAGGGAUUUUGCUCUCAUCGAAAUACUUCGAUCAAAAGCAGACGUCGAUUGCGAGGAAGGAAUGAGUCUCGUUCUGGCCAUUCAGCAGAAAGAUUUGCCCGUUAUUCGAAGCCUAUGCAAUGCAGGGCCCUCUGUUUUUACCGUUUCCAAAGUCUUGCCACUAGCAUUCGGAGUGAAUGGUUUGACCGAGUUAACAGCGUCUGAAGUCCUCCGUAUUGUCGAUUUACUUCUACCACUUAAACCUUCCAGCGAGUCAGUGGCGCAAGCUGUCACUAUUGCAGUGAGCGGUGGCUUCAAGAAUAUCGACAUCAUCACCCGCCUUGUGGGGAAUGAUGCUGCAAUGGGCAGUUUUGCGUUUCGGGCCGCCCUGAGGCUGACACGCCUAGAGGAUAAGCUGAGAAUACUAUCUGCCCUUCUUCCAGGAUUCAUACCACCUGAAGAGACUGGGAGAGCUCUGGUUAUGGAGACAGAAACGGCAGUACAUAGCAACAUCCUCACUUUGGUCCAGCUACUUCUGCAUAAUGGCGCCCCUGUAGACUUCAACGAGGGCGAGGCGCUGCGAAUUGCCGCAGUUUCUACAUCCGUUGAGCUCUUGGACAUUUUAUUGGGGACAGGCAAGCGGUCGCAAACCUCAUCAGUGACGAAGGCCUUUCGAGCACUUAUGCACGACAACAACUCUCAGAAGAACCGCGAUUCGAUAAAAGUUGCAGAAUUGCUACUCAAGAAUGGGGUUGAUCAGCCCGCUAUAGAUUCAGCGCUACGUUCUACCCUUGACGAGCUUUCUUGGGGGAGCAGCUCUGGACAAAUGGUGGACCUCUUACUGGACCACCACGCAAACGUCAAUACGGCCGAUGGCACCUGCUUUACUUUUGCGGCCCGAACCAAGGCUCUCGAUCUAUUUGCCAAGCUACUUGCACAUAACCCAGACUACAGAGUCAUUAUUCCUAGCCUAUUGGGCUCGGGUCUAGAUGAGCCGUCUCUUGUCGCGGCUCUGAAAAUUUGUUUCGAUAAUGGAUGUCCUCCUGCACUGCUCGACUUAUGUGGACGAGGGAGAGACCCUCCUUUGGUGGUCGCGAUGCGAGACUACCCUCGAAGCAAAUCGUUAGUAUCUCUUCUCUUAGCGCUUGGAUGUACCCCAGACAUUGCCGCAAAACAUGUUCUCGAUCAUGAUAUUGGCGAAGAAGCGGUAUCUGCACUUCUCUGGGCCCUCGACCAACCGCAAAAGAAGAUUUCCACCUCCGUUAUACAAGCCCUCCUUGAAGCUGGAGCAUCCCCUCUCCGCCGAUCUCCUCGAUCUGACAUAUCCCCACUCACCCUUGCUGCUCGUGAAGCACGUCCCGAAAUUGUCGCCGACUUACUCGCACGUGGUGCUGAACCUUCAUUCCGAGACAACUCAAAUCGCUCUGUGUUGUUUUACGCGAGCAGCAAGCCUGUCACCAGCAUCGUCAAGUCUCUUUGCGAAGCCAAGGCAUUGAGAGACGAUGGCAGCUUGCAUGAAGCGGCAUGUUCACUGCAGCUGAGCAACGCUUCUCUGCUUCUCGAGCAUGACCACAAGCCAAAUUUUCCCUCCAGACUUCAUGGUGGACGAAGUGCCCUUGGCCAAUUGUGUUUAGGAGUUGAAGUCACCAAUUCGGAUCAAAGGACAAAGCUACGACAGAUGAUUCGAUUACUACUAGAUGCCGGCGCGAACGCAAAGUUCCGAGCUCGCGACAAGAAAUCUGUGGUUAUCCUGGCGCUCGACAACCCGCACCACGCAGUGGAGGUGACUGACGCUCUUCUCGAGACCGAAGUAUGGGAGGACUUGAAUGACGAUAAGCAUCUUUAUCAUGACGACGCGGGCUAUUGCUACUCGCCGCUCAAGUACGCAGAGCUGAUGCCACGACCUGGGCGGGACCCACAAAAGCGUGAGCUCAUGGAAGUUCUGAUAGACAAGGCAUGUGUUCCAAAAUUCUACGCCGAGGAAGGAGAGCAGCCUGCCGGUGCUGUCGGAUUGCCGGCACAUCUGGCUCGGAUAGCCGCCCGGAGGACAGAGCAAAGGACCGCCAUGCAGCUCGAACGCGAGGCAGAUGAGCACUCGCGACGCUUGGCGGAGACGAAACAUCUGGACGAUCUACGAAGAGCGAAAGAGAGAGAGCUGGCUGCGCAGGCCGCCCUACAAAACACGCACGCUGUGCAAGCGCGACUAGAGGCGGCGAAGCAUGACUCGGAGCUACGCCGAAUUCGAGAAGCAGAGAGGGUGAAGAGGGACCAGCGGCAAGAAGCUGCGAACCAGCAAUUACAGAUCGAGGAGCGCGAAGGAAUUGCCACGUACCAACGUGAGCAGCGCUUCAUUGAGCAGCGGAGGAAAGAGCUGGAUUACAGAAAUAGCGCUGAGCAAAGGGCUCUUUUGGAGAAGGAGAAGGUGUUUGAGCGGAAUGUGCAACGGCAGAAGGCGUUGAUUGACCGGAACGAUCAGAGUGCGAAGCUUCAUGCUAAGCUUCAACAGGAAAAGCCGAACCAGCUGUAUCUUGAGCAGCCUGAUUAGGGAACGACCUGCCGAUCUGUCUUGUUUCUGUGAUAUGUGGGUAUGAAACUGUUUUCAUUUAGGAUGUUGUAUUUGUGGUGCAGUUUUCGGGUCGUUUCCCUUUUCACGACGUCACAUAUUCGGCGCUGGAGACUUCUAAAAGGAUUGAAAAUACCCCAAAUGAUUCUCGCAAUCUUGGAUGUUACGAAUCUUCUCUCAGAUAGACAAUUACUCGG